AUGGUUACUCGAACUUCAAUUGAAUUUGUGAAUCCAACUCUAUCAGGUGAUCGUUUGUUCUCACAGAAAAUUCAAAAAUCUGAAAGCGAAAUGACGAGCGUAGUGCAUAUAACCGGUCUAGUUAACGAAAUUGAAAGGAAGGAUCUUGAAAAUAUUUGUCGUCCGUAUGGUGCCGUUGUACAAAUCAGGCUUGGUAGAGGAGUACCAAAAGAAGCGUUCGUUGAAUUCAACGACCCAAAUUCGGCAGCUAACAUAGUAAAAGAACUGAACGGACAAGAAAUGUGUGGCAUGAAAAUUGAAUUGUACGUAAAUUAUAAUAACGAAGGCGAUUCGUCCAAAUCACGAAAAUAUAGAAAUAGGGAAGCGUACUCGACGAGGCGGGAUGCGUCGCAAUCGAGAACUGAGGAUCGAGGACGCCGAAAGUCGUCCAGGAGCGUGUUUGAUUCGAAUAGAUGCAGUGAUCGAUUAAGAGGCCCAAGACGAGAGUUUGGCAAUUCUCUGAAUUGCAGAAGGGUGGAUGCAAGUAAAAAACAGAUGGCCAUGAAACGGGAUCGGUCUAAAUCGAGGGCUCCCGCAGUUGACCAGCGUACCUCUUACCGAAGCAGAUAUCCCUCUAAGAGGGAUGAAGACUUUCAUCGAAGAGGCUUGAUGCGAAAUGAUUCUAAAACAAGGAGAUACCAUGACAAUCGGAGAUCAAGGAAUCGCGACGAGACUAAGGACCGGAACGUAAACAAGUAUGGACGCGUUACCAGCCGGGAUCGGUCUGAAUCGCCCUGUGGAAAAUAUCGUUCGGUAGUUACGCAACCUGCAAAACGAAGACGAGUCGAUUCAACUGGAUCAAGUUACAGCACCACGUCCAGUCAGCAUACUUCAGUAAGUAGCCGUGGCGUUACACCAGAUAGUGGAAAUUGGGAUUGA